CUUUGCAAAAUUAAACACCGAAAAGAAAGCCGUCUCAGUUCGUGACUCUCUCUCGCCUUCCUCUUCCUCUCUCCCUGUUUAAGAUCAGACCAGACUUCCGCCGGUCGUCUCCAUCUCCGUCGACUCAGUCAUUUGCCGGGCGCCGGCCAGGAUUCCGGCCUAGGGACCAUGGUUGGCUGUGGAGAACCAUGUUCAAGAUUCGGGACUUAAAGGGUUGCUGACGAUUGGCAACUGUAUGGUUCGUUUUCUGUGAUUUGCCAUUAGAGGAAGAGUUUGUUGAUCGAUGUAAAAAAAUAUCGAGGGAGGACAAGGUGCAGGCAAAAGGAAGUCAAAAGAAGAUGAAGAUAGCCAUUAUACAUCCCGAUCUUGGUAUAGGUGGAGCCGAAAGAUUAAUUGUUGAUGCGGCUGUUGAGCUGGUAUCUCAUGGGCAUGAUGUUCAUGUUUUCACCUCACACCAUGAUAGAACUAGAUGUUUUGAGGAGACUCUUUCCGGUGCCUUUCCUGUUACUGUGUAUGGUGCUUUUCUGCCUCGACACAUCUUCUACCGUCUCCAUGCCGUAUGUGCAUAUGUGAGGUGCAUAUUUGUUGCUCUUUGCAUGCUGCUUAUGUGGCCUUCAUACGACAUUAUUGUAGCAGAUCAAGUUUCUGCUGUCAUUCCACUGUUGAAACUUAAAAAGCCAACAAAGGUCGUAUUCUAUUGCCAUUUUCCGGAUUUGUUGCUUGCCCAACGCACUACUAUUCUUAGGAAGAUUUACAGGAAACCCAUAGAUUUCAUCGAAGAAAUAACAACAGGAAUGGCAGAUAUGAUCCUCGUCAACAGUAAAUUUACAGCUGCUACUUUUGCGAAAACAUUCAAGCAGCUUGAUGCACGAGGAAUUAAGCCAGCUGUUCUUUACCCAGCAGUCAGUGUUGAUCAGUUUGACAAACCCCGUUCUCUUAAGCUGAGUUACCUGUCCAUCAAUCGUUUUGAGAGGAAAAAGAACAUAGACUUGGCGAUUUCAGCUUUUGCUAGGCUCUAUAACCUCAGAGGAGAAUUUUCCAGUCACAAUGUGGACGGUGCUACGUUGACUAUUGCAGGUGGUUUUGAUAAACGUCUAAGGGAGAAUGUGGAGUACUUGGAGGAGCUUAAAAGCUUAGCAGAAAGGGAAGGAAUUUCGAGCAGGGUUCACUUUAUCACAUCCUGCUCAACAGCCAAGAGGAACGAACUCCUUUCCGAAUGCCUUUGUGUCCUCUACACGCCGAAGGAUGAACAUUUUGGAAUUGUCCCUUUGGAGGCAAUGGCAGCUCAUAAGCCUGUAAUUGCGUGCAAUAGUGGGGGACCUGUGGAGACGGUUAAGCAUGAAGAAACGGGAUUUCUUUGCGAUCCCAACCCACAAGAGUUCUCUUUAGCUAUGGCUAAGCUAUUAGAGAACCCUCAAGUGGCAGAGAGAAUGGGUGAAGCAGCUCGGAAGCAUGUCACAGAGUCAUUCUCCACAACGAUAUUUGGCCAACGUUUGAACCAGUAUAUUCUCGACAUUGCUCGGAGGAAGGUGGACUAAGAGCACUCGACCUUGUUUAAAAACCAUAGACCCGGUUUAGCUUCGAAUUCAGUUUCCCAUAUUUUAUUUCAAAGCGGGUUGUGUGGCCCAGUAAAGGAAUUUAUAAUACUUAACAAAGAAGAUAUAACAGUUAUGUUUGGUUCAUAGAA